GAGUCACACAAAUGACACAAAAUAGAAAUAUAUCAACAAAUUCAUAUGUGUGUGCUUCAUCGCUGGGAGAAGUUUGUCAACGUCUGUAAGAAACGUUUUAUUGCUUUGGUUUUGCCUGGCCGAAGGAAACUCGAAGUGAGUGGAGCCUCUGGAUAUCGUUGGUGAUGUUGGCGGCGGAAAACCCAACGGUGGACGGGGACUUUGUAACAGCUACCCCGCGUAGACGAGACAUGGAUUGUAAACCCAAUAAAAACACCAACAAGAAACUUGUUCAAGCUCGUCUACCAUUCAAGCGUCUAAACCCUGAAACUAAAGAGUGUCAGGAACCUAAAAGACCCUGCACACUUCCUUGCCCUGAACCAGGGGCCUCAGAUGGGGAGAAUGAGACAGAGACCUCCCCACUUCUCGUGAAUAAUGGACCGACCUUGGUUAAUGGGCGUGGACCCCUUGAUGAUUUCUUGAGUCGUAGCUGCAAUGCUUCUUCAGGUCAGAAAAUUAUAGAUCUCACUAAGGAUGACUCUACAUCUCCUGUAAAGCCCGCCACUAUACCUGUUGCUACCUCCCCCUGCCUCACAACAAAAGACAUGUAUCAGAACAAAGACAAAAGGUCUUCCACUGGUAAACCCAGCAGCAGUGACCUCACUCCUAAGGCAGAUGCUUCAGACUGCAAAAUAAUCCACAAACCAGAUAGUGAUGGAGAUAUAGAUGAGAUGGAGGGAAAAGAUGGGGAUGAGACUGCAUUUGUCUCGCAGCUCGAUCUGACACAGGAUUCUGAAAGCGAGGAAGAGAAGCAAGAUGUGUCAAAAGCUGAUGUCUCCAGUCUGGGCAAUGAGUCCAUUCUGUCUGCUUCAUCAGUCAGCUCCCUGUCUGCAGCAGAGAGCUCCCCAGAGCAGGACAAGGCUGAGAAUGUCACAACACCUACGGAUCCAAAGACCACUCCCAAGAAAGCAGCAGAUCAGAAGGUAAAAAGACGCUCAUUGAAGCCACAUAAUUUACAAGAACAGGACGAGAGGCUACGCCUGCGCCAGGAGAAGGACCGACAGAAGGAAGAGGCUAAAGCUGCAAAAGAGAAAAAAAAAGAGGAGGCCCGCAAGCUGAAAGAGGACAGAGAAAGGGAAAAACGAGAGAAAAAGGAGAAAGAUGAUCGAGAAAAACGGGAGAAAAAAGAAAAGGAUGAGAAGGAAAAGGCUGAGCGGUUAAAAGCAAAAGAGGAGCAACGGAAAUCAAAGCAGGAGGCUAAACUAGAAGAAAAACGAAAGAAAGAAGAGGAGAAACGACAGAAAGAAGAGGAGAAACGGUUGAAAGAGAAGAAAGAUCGGCUGAAAGCUGAGAAAGCACAGAUUACACGGUUUCUUCAGAAGCCCAAGACGCAGCAGGCUCCAAAGACCCUUGCAGCUCCCUGUGGGAAGUUUGCCCCAUUUGAGAUCAAGGAAAACAUGUGUCUGGCGCCAUUAACCCGGGUUCAUUGCGAAGACUCUGUUCUGGAACAGCUGGACCAGUACUUGUUACAACCCGGUGAAAAUCUGAAUGGAUUCAAAGACUGGAUCAGGAAAAAACCACGCAGAUCAGGCCCUACUAAACGCAGACAGACAGAUGUACUCAGGGAAAAUGUAACAAUAGUGGAGGGGCCUAAACCAGACAGUGUACCAGACCGUAGAUGCUACGGACCCAUGAAGCUGCUGCAGUUCCAUGAGAACUACCGACCAGCCUACUGGGGCACCUGGAGUAAGAAGAGUUCACACAUUUCACCCCGUUGCCCGCUGAGGCAGGACAAGAAUCUGUUGGACUAUGAGGUGGACAGCGAUGAGGAAUGGGAAGAGGAGGAACCUGGGGAGUCCCUUUCACACAGCGAAGGGGAGGAUGACGAAGAUGGUGGUGAUAACGAAGAUGAUGAAGAUGAUGGCUUCUUUGUACCCCAUGGUUAUCUCUCAGAUGGGGAGGGGGCAUUGGAGGAAGAGGAGGGUGGUGACCUGGAAAAGCAGAAAGUGCGUCAGAAGCUGAAAGCAAGGGAAUGGGAUGAGCUGAUGUCCACCAAGAAGAAGGUGAGGGUGCUGGAGGCUGUGGUGAGGGGCUGUAUCUGGGAAGGAGAAGGCCCUACCCUGGAGUUCUUCCAGCAGUAUGCUGUGUGCCUGAUUGAGCCUUUACCCAAGGCGGACACCAGCCCCAGCCCAGACCAGUUGUCACUGAAACGUCAGGAAGAUGAGCAAUUGCUCAGUAAGCUGUUGCCUCUGCUGCAUGGUAAUGUCAACAGCAGUAAGGUGAUCAUCACAGAGUUCCUGGAGUUCUGUCGCCAGCAAACCCCCUGUCCCUCAUCAGUGUCCUCUCCCAGUUUAACCAGCCCUGUCAACUCAGCAGAUAAUAUUCCUACCAGAAUAUGUUUGAAGCGUCUCAUCAAGAGCAAUGCUGUCUAUGAGAAGCGCCAGGCCUACAGGCGCUGCUGCUGGUAUGUACACACAGACGUCCUGUCACGUUUUAGCCAGGAAGCCCUCCCAGUACCCUGCCAGUGGGCCUACCUCACCACAGGAGCCAGAGAAGAGCCCAAGGAAGAUCCCCAAGCAGCCACAGGCUCCCAGGGAAACUCCCCCACCACGCCACAGACUUCCUCCACCACCAACCUUUCGUCAUCCAACAAAAGAAAGAGCACAGGCAGUAUGUCAAUCACCAGGUUCAUGAAGAAAUGUGCUGAUCCAGAGCAGGAGCCAAUGGAGAUGGAUGGGUUUCAGGCUGACACUGAGGAGGAUGAUGAGGAGGACGAUGACUGUGUCAUUAUGUCUACACAGAGUGCCCCAUCCACAGAAAUCAUUUGUAUCAACCCCACCACCAUAGAGGAACAGGAUUCAGACCAGAUGGAAGUCACUCCCUCAGACAUGGCUGCUCUCCACGUGCCUUGCCCUGCUACACUUGCCACUGUCUAAGGAAAGGACAAGCCUUCUUCCCCUCCUUAUCCCUCACUGGAACCCUGCACCAUCACUUGCCACUGCCAAAGGGCUCCUCUCUUCCCCAUACUUUCCCCUCCUGGCCCUGAGUUCAAGUGUGUCCAAGACAGGAUCCGGUUUUUAGAUGAAGCAGUGCACUCUGGUUGAGAUGGCCCACCGCUGGCCACAUGGCAUCAAUACCGUAUUAUGCCUUACA